CUUAGCGCUUCUGAGAGUCUCGAGAUUCGGCGACUGGGUGAAAUGGCGGCGACUGCGGCCCAGGUGUGGCUUCUGGGCCCCGGCUUCGGGUGCAAGGCAGUGUGGUGUGCCUCGGCACCGUGCUCCGUACGAGAUUUCAUCCACCGAUACUGCCAAGAUCAGGAUGUUCCAGUGGAAAGCUUCUUUGUGAAAUGCAACGGAUCACUUGUUAACUCCAGUGACACAGUGCAGCAUGGAGCUGUUUAUAGUUUGGAACCCAGACUUCGAGGUGGAAAAGGAGGUUUUGGCUCUAUGCUCCGAGCACUUGGUGCUCAGAUUGAGAAGACAACCAAUCGAGAAGCUUGCCGGGAUCUCAGUGGAAGGAGACUGCGCGAUGUCAAUCAUGAAAAAGCAAUGGCUGAAUGGGUAAAACAACAAGCCGAGCGAGAAGCUGAAAAGGAGCAGAAGCGCCUGGAACGACUACAGCGGAAGCUUGCAGAACCCAGGCAUUGCUUCACCAGCCCCGACUACCAGCAGCAGUGCCAUGAGAUGGCCGAGCGUCUGGAGGAUUCUGUCCUCAAAGGUAUGCAAGCUGCCUCCAGCAAGGUGGUAUCAGCGGAGAUUGGUGAGAGUCGGAAACGGCCUAACAAAUCAAAACCAGACAGAGGAGCCAGUUCAGGGAAAAGGAAAUGCUUUUGGUUGGGCAUGGAAGGACUAGAGGCUGCAGAAGGGUCCAGCUCUGAGAGCUCUGAUGAUGACAGUGCAGAAGCACCUAGUACUUCAGGAAUGAGCUUUCGUGUUCCCCAAAAUGGCAGUGAUGGUGUUGAGAUGGCAGCUGAAUUUCCUAAUAGCUCUCAGUGGGCAAGAGUAUUGAAUACAGACUCUAGAUCACAAGAAAAACUACAGACCCCUGUGACUGACUUUGGGAACGGUAUUUCAGAAGACUUGUGUGCUGAGCUGGGAGAGGCAUCUACCCAGGAGUACAUGGAAAGGAAAAUGGCUGUAGAAACAGAGAAAACCCAGGAGAAAGAGGAGUCACAGAGUAAAGAACCCUUAGAAAAGGAAGCAGCUGGAAUUGGACUGAAUAAGGAGCAGGAGACAAAAGAAAUGGCUAACGGGGAAGGAGCUGCCCAUGGAGCACCUGGAGAAGAAAGGGAAAACAUUCCUGUUGCCAGGCUGGAGGAAGGCCAGUCAGGAAACACAGAUGUUGGUCAGGAGACUGUAGAUUUACUGGCAUUCAACUCUGCUACAGAAAUGGAGUUGCUGGGUUUGGAGAAGCUCAAGUGUGAACUCAUGGCCCGGGGACUGAAGUGCGGCGGCACUCUCCAGGAGCGGGCAGCAAGGCUCUUCUCUGUCAGAGGACUGGCAAAGGAGCAAAUAGACCCAGCUUUAUUUGCCAAGCCUUCAAAAGGAAAGAAGAAGUGAAUUUCAUCAGAGCUGAUUUCCUGUUUCUUUAUAGUCUAGCGCUUACAACUUGUAUAAUGUUGACUCUUGGACAUUAUUCCUGUUGCUAUUAAAAGUGACUUUUUAAUAACCCACUUCUGACUAUCCUCUUUCAUUAUUAGGUUCAUAAAUUUAAUUUGUGAAACUCUCUGGGCCUGAAGUUUUUUUAUGGGAAGGUUUUUUAUGACUAAUUUUUAAAAUAAAUAUAUGGCUAUUCAGAGUUUG